UCCAGCCAGUAUGACCACUGGUCAAGAUGCAGAAAGAUUCUAGACACUGUAGGCCAACCCAAUGAUUAACCAAACCAGAGCAGACCACUGAAUCAAUGGGAAUGUGGUAAGUCAACAUAUACGUAAGUUUAAUUCAUUCAGUAGGGGCUACUCUACCUGAUACUAACAAUUAGGUGCAAGCCCCACAAACGUAUGUACCACUGAUGUCACAUUUACUCAAAUCAUGACUGAGUCUCGAUCCAAUCCAUAGUGCUCUUAAGCAUAUUUCAUUUCAUUUUGGGGUGACAAUGAGCUUUUGGCACAAGUGAAUAACUAUUUAUUUUUCACCUGCAGCAGAAACCUUCAUGCAGCCUUCAUUUUUUUCGGUUGGCCUUUAUCUUUGGGGUUUCAGCAAACACCCCAUUAGCCAGGAAAGAGCAAAACUCUCCUUCAUCAUUCCUGAAAAAUGGAGGUCCCCCCUGACAGUGCUGGCAGCAAACCUCUUGAUGAAGACACAACACCCCAAUCCCCAAAUGGGCAAUCCAAACCCAAAGAGCUAAAUGAGAAUGUUGAUGAAAACAGCAAGCCUCAAGGCCCAAAUGAAGAGGCUGGAGAGGGCAAAUCCCUAGCUCCUAAGGAGGAGGCCGAAGACAUCAAAUCCCAAGGCCCAAGUGAGCAAACUGAAGAGGCCAGACCAGAAGAGCAACAUGAGAAGAGUGAAGAAAAUGGCAGCAAAGUCCAAGACCUAACUGAGCAUACUGAAGACAGCAUACCUGAAGAAAUAACUGUGGUUGAAGACGGUAAAUUACAAGAGUUUAAUGUGGAAGCCAAGGAUGGUAAACCCCAAGAUUUAAAAGAGUGGGCUGAUGAACAGAUGAAGAUAUUAGAAGAGAAGCACCCUGAUGAGGCGCUACCUUCCAUUUCUAAUUCAGAUAAUAUUACAGUGACAGAAUGGCAAGAGGAACUACUUAUUUCUCCCAUCCCUGAAGCCAAGGUGGAUGAAACUCCAUCAAUGGAGACUGAAGACAGCAAACCCCAAUACCCAAAAGAUCAAACUGAGGAAUAUAUGUUGACUCCAGUGGGUUCGUAUCAGGGAAAGGAGAGGAAGUCUUCUGUAUACAGUUUUGCCCGGACACGGAAGAAGCCAAUUAAAAAGCAGGUGGACCGAGAAAGCAACACUGAGCCCAGGAAAUAUCCCAACGCUUUUAGAAAUCCACGGAUGCCUCCAAAAUCACCACUUCUCGCCCAACCAGUAAAACCCAGAAGUGUUGACAAAGCAAUUCAGUGUAAUAAAUUGCUCAUGCCACGCCUGCCACUGCCUGGAACGAUACCACCUGCAAGAAGCUUAGUCCCAAAAGCAAAGCUCCCACCCACCGAUAACAAAGGAACUCAGAUUUCCCCCUCCUUUGAGAGGCUUCGUAGGAGAAACCCUCCUUGGAUUGUAAAGAAGAAAACAGAGGACAUCACAAUUUCCCAGGUCUCUCCAAGCAAGUUCAGCUCAUCCAGCAUGCCCCAAAGGAGUGGAAACCGUUAUAGAAAGGGAGUGACAUCCAGCACUGUUGCCCGGCCAUCCUCCAUGACAGCAAAAAAGGAAAAGAAGUUUAAUGUUACCUACAAUCUCUACAUAAAUGUCUGUGAUGAUGAGUGGAAACAUUUUGAUCCAGGACUUGUUAAGGAACCUUCCUGGGAAGAAAAUGUCAUGAGUUCAGGUCUUGCCAAGGCUUGCGCUGUUUUCUGCAACAUCAAAUCUGGAAGGAUUCAUGUUAGCAAGCUCCGUCCAGCCCUUCACACACUGGAGGUCCUAGUGACUAGUGACGAGAUGUAUCAGACUCUGAAGUCAGUCAAAGUGGAUGAAUCGGGGACCAUCAGUUUCUCUGAGUUCUUGGAAGCAGUGAAUAAAACUUCACCUUUUGCCGAAACAGAUGCUUUUCAAAAUACACUUCGGGCUUUCAAGCAAAUGAAGAAUGGUGCAGUGGGUGUUGAUGAACUGAAGUCAGUCCUAACCGACUUGGAGGUCUACAUGACUUCUGAAGAAAUACAACAGACACUGGAUCACACUCAGCUUAACAAGAAUAAGAAGGUGGAUCUUUCAAAAUUCCUGCGGGCUGCACGAGACCUGCAGACACAUCUUGAAGAAGAGGCGUUCCAGAUUGAAUGCUCUGCUCUGGAAAGGAGGCCUUUCCAAGAUGUGACUGAGCUGAUCAAUGCAGAAUCUAGAUGGAGAAGAAAGUACCGAGACUACUUUGAUGAGGACACGUCAAGUGCAACAUCAUUGUUUCCCUUUCUGGCACUGCCAAGUUCAGAUGAAAAUAUUCUUCUUGCUCUACCACCGAGUAAUGCUUCUUCAAAGACACAAAACCUCUCUGACUCCCAGGCUGCAUCUAAUAAUGUAGAAGAGGAAGGGGGAGAGCCAGAGAAUGACAUCACAGGAGUGAAAAAGUCUCAGUUGGACAUCACUGAACUAAGUAAUGUAGAAGGGGAAGAGGGAAACCAGGACACCACAAUUGCACCAAACUCUCAGUCUGAUGCCACUGAAGAGAAACACGAAGGGCAUGAUGACACAGAGGGGCAAAACUCAUAGUCCAAUGUGAGCCCCUCCAGCUAGGACAAUUAACACCCAGAAGACUCCUCUCUUUCCAAAUGAAAUGACUGAUAUGAGAAGCUGGGUAUCCUGUGUGGGAGAUUUUCUAAAUAGAAUUGAUCCCAGACUAGCUAUAGUUACUCCUUUCAGUCUAAUGCAGGUGAAUCUCUGUAUUUCUCUUUGCUCUCCCAGCACCAUGUCCACCAACCUGCAUCCUUUACUCUCAUACUGAUUAUCAGCUGGGCAUCUUUUCCAAAUGAGAAAUGGUAAGAGAUGGGGUCUUUUCCUCCUGAAUCUGGGAUCAUUGUGGAGGAGGGAAUAGGGCUGUUGGGGAGUGAUUGGGGCUUACUGUAAAGGACUCAUUGGCAGACUUGAAUAAAAUCAACCAACCCUGUGUGCUUA